AUGGCAGUAGACUACUCUUCGCAGGAUUUCCGUCAGUCGCUAGCCGCAAUUGAUGCUGCAGCUCGAGAUGGUGUUGCAUCACGGGAAGGGGUACGCAUUCGUCAGCAAGGGGACACAACUAUCAUGACGGAACAUCGGGAUCCAUACUCCUUUUACUGGCAACUUGAUCAGACACGACGUCGGUCAGAAUCGCCCAAACGCUAUCCGCCGCCUACUGAUUACGUAAUCGAUGAAGAGGAGGUUGUAGAGACCGUGCUUUCUCCUGAAUCCCACGAUUCUGGUGUAGUAUUCGAAAAUCAGUACAGUCGACCCCAACGAGUUAACCCGCCACCCCCUGCGAUUGAAGAAGAGCCGAAACAGUUACCACCUGGCUGGGAAAAGCACCAAGAUCCAUCUGGCUUCUCCUACUAUUGGCACGUGGAUAGCGGAACGAUUCAGCGGGAGCCGCCGAGCCGCGAAACUCAAGCAGAUGCCCCACCACCACCACAGGUGAUACAGCUCCCACCUCAUCAGCCUGUCAUAGAGGAGCAUGCAUUCAAGCAAACAACGACGAAACGGCGAAUUGAGAAUAGCCAGGAAAGUGAUGGUGAAGAAGAAUACGGAUUCCGCAAGCCAAUUCGGUUUGCCGUGCGCUCACUGGGCUGGACUGAAAUUGCUGAAGAAGAUUUGACAGCUGAACGGAGUUCGCGAGCUGUGAAUAGAGCAAUUGUUGAUUUGUCUACAGGACGUAAUGAUGUUAUGGAUAACGUGAGCAAAUGGGGAGAUGGUCGUGAACUCAUUAUGGAGCUCGAUGACAACGAGCUAUCAUUAAUCGAUCCCGAUACGAUGACGGUGGUACACUCAGAGAAAAUUCAGCAGAUUCGUGUUUGGGGCGUUGGUAGGGAUAACGGCAGGGACUUCGCCUAUGUAGCUCGUGACCGAAACUCACGUCGCUUCAUGUGUCAUGUGUUCCGAUGCGAUACUCCUGCAAAGACUAUAGCCAAUACUCUUCGAGACAUAUGUAAGCGACUGAUGCUCCAUCGACGACCAUCCAGCUUGCAUGCGAUAGAUGCAGUUCCGGAAAGACGUGUUAUACGGACAGAUGGCCUAGUCACACCAAACGAAGAGCCAAAAAAAGUGAUUAGGUGUCAUUUCCUCGGAGUGACUCAGGUACCCCGUGCGACAGGGAUCGAAAUCCUAAACGAGGCCGUAGACAGGCUAGUAUCGCAGGUUCGACCAGAGCGGUGGAUUCUUUCCGAUGUAUCGAUAGCGCCUUCCACCAUUACAAUUUCUGAAGUUGGCGGCGGUCAAAUAGCCCAAUGUCGCGUGCGCUACCUUUCAUUCCUAGGAAUUGGACGUGAUGUGAAGCAUUGUGCUUUCAUCAUGCACACAUCGUCGGAGAAUUUCAUGUGCUACGUAUUCCAUGUAGAACCAUCUGCAGCCGCAAUGGCGAAAACGAUUGAAGCUGCAUGCAAGUUACGAUACCAAAAAGUACUAGAUGCCCAUGCUGGGCGUGUACCGCAAAAUAUCACCAAUCACGAUGCUCCUUCAAUCGGCAAGGGAUGGACAGAGUCGCUGCGUGAUGUGUUUGGGUCCGUAACCCAACGGAUUGUGCCGUCACGAUCAUUGCAAAGUAUAUGA